AGAGAGAGAGAGAGAGAGAGAGAGAUUUGUCUCCAUAUAGGACACAGGACUCACUGACAGACACUCUGCACUGUCCACAGUGCUGCAGACAGUAAAAGCUGAACAAUGGGAUUAUUCAAGUCUGUUCUUGGAAGAAACAUCACUUUUGUUCGUCCUCCAUAUUUCAUAAUAAGUGGGUUUUCUGGCAUACCUCAUAUGAACUAUUACUAUGUCUUUCUCUUUUUUGUUUAUAUUGUGUCAGUGUUGGGAAACACAGCUGUGAUGGCUGUAAUAUUGUUGGACAGAAAUCUAAGAACUCCAAAAUAUGUUGCAGUUUUUAACCUUGCAUGGACAGACCUGCUUGGUAGCACUGUUCAGGUACCAAAGGUUCUUGACAUAUUUCUGUUUAAUCACCACAUCAUCUCCUAUAAUGACUGUAUGACAUUUCUUUUUUUCUCCUACAUGUGUCUUUCUAUGCAGUCUCUUAAUCUGGUUGUUCUCUCCUAUGACAGACUGAUAGCGAUCACCUUCCCACUGCACUAUCACAUGAAGGUCACACACAGGUUCAUGUUUUCUUUGGUUGGCUUUUUCUGGGUUUUCACAAUAAUUGUUACUCUCAUUGCUGUGGGUCUUCUCACAACACUUUCCAUCUGUAAGUCAGUGAUUAUUAACAGUUAUUUCUGUGAUUACAGCCAAAUAUUUUGGCUGGCCUGUAAUGACAAAACCUCCAGUUAUAUAAUUGCUUGGUUGUUACCAGUUCUUAUUCUUUGGGUUCCACUGAUAUUUAUCCUGUUAACUUACACAUAUAUUGGUUGCACUCUGACUAAAAUAUCUUCAGUUAAGGAAAGACUAAAAGCUUAUAAAACCUGCAGUGCUCAUCUUUCACUUGUGGCAAUCUAUUUCCUCCCAAUUUUAAUCACAUUUACCUUCAAUAGAUACAUGCCUACAAAUGCUAGAAUUAUAAACAUGUCUCUGACCUCUGUCAUUCCACCCAUGUUAAACCCAUUUAUUUAUGUUCUACAGACAAAAGAAAUCAAUGAAUCUGUGAAAAAGAUGUUCAAAAUCAAAUGGAAAUCCAAAUUUAUAAUGAAACAUUAA